AUUAACGGAUGUUUGUUUCUUACCACGCGGUAAUGCAUGUACGAAUGUUCCGUGUUUAUAUAUAUACUCCACUCCACUAAGGCAUUCAUUAUCGACAAAUCACAAAAUACUGACUUAUAAAACCUUCGUUGUGUCUGCAACUAUCAUCGAGUACAAUGAGUGAGUGUACUCUUAACGUUGCAUUCAUAGGACAUGUAAACUCUGGGAAGUCCACCACAGCCGGUCAUUUGACAUUUAAGUUCGGAGGACUUGCACUGGAAGUAAUGAGGAAAUUUGUAAAAGAGGCUUCUGCAAUGGGCAAAGAGUCCCACAAGUAUGCAUGGGUGUAUGACAGGUUAGACGCGGAACGCGAGGAAGAGCUUUCCAUGGAUAUUUCAACGUUAAAAUUUGACUCGUCCAAGUACCUCGUGAACGUAAUUGACACCCCGGGUCAUCAAGAUUACAUUACAAAUAUGAUUCCUGGAGUCGCCCUAGCGGAUUGUGCAGUUCUCGUGGUAUCGGCGAAAAAUGGUGAGUUUGAGGAGAGCAUGUCACCAAACGGACAAACUCGAGAAUUUCUAUUGAUAGCCAAUGCAAUGGGUAAAGGAGAUAUAAUAGUUGCGGUCAACAAGAUGGAUGCCACUUCACCCCCGUACAGCGAGGCUAGAUUCAAUGAAGUGGUGAGUGAGCUGCAAAAUUAUAUGACGUCAAUCAGAGUUAAUCCGAGCACCAUUCCUUUUAUUCCCAUUUCUGGUUAUAAUGGUGAUAACUUGGGAGAACCCUCCCUGAACAUCCCGUGGUUUCGAAGGUGCUCUGCACCCUGCGGAAUGGAAUCGAUGGGAACAUUGUUACAAGCUCUGAAUUGUGUCCAUGCUCCGUCAAGAGCAACAGACAUUCCUCUCCGCGUUUCAAUAUAUGACGUAGACGUUGGAAGCUUCGAGAUCAUCCUAGCUGGCAAAGUUGAGUCGGGACAUUUAAAAUCUGGCAUGUCCGUCACAACUGCUCCUUCGAAUAAAACAACGGUAGUCAAGAAUGUUGAAAUUCAUCACUCUGCAUGCGAUCGAGCUUCUGCGGGACAGAUUGUUACAUUUACCGUGUCAGGUGUAUCCGAAGAGGAUAUCAAGCGAGGCUCCUUGGUCGGUGACAGCAACAAUAACCCCCCUCGGUGCGUCAAAAGCUUCAUAGCCGAGAUGGCCAUUGUAAAUUACGCAGGGGAGAUUCGCGGUGGUUAUACUUGCUAUCUGUUCAUCCACACAGCGAAAAUUGCCUGCAAAUUCGUAGAAAUUGAAGAGAAGCUGGAUAAUCGCAGGGAGCUUGUAGAAAGUAACCCCGAUAGCGUGAAAAAUGGAGAUUUUGCCAUAGUACGCGUUGAACCAACGGAACCUAUGUCUGCAGAAUCUGUCAGUCGGUUUCCACAACUUGGACGCUUUAUUGUUCGCGACAUGGAUCAUACAGUAGCUAUUGGCUUUAUUCGAGAGGUUAUCAAUGAAUGACAUCUAUGGUGCAAGAUAUAUCGGAUAGUGGAUCCUAUCCGCAGAAGGAAAUUAUGACAAGUUAACGUGAAACUGUGUUUCAAUAUCAUAUCAUUUCACUUAAAAUAGCAUGUCUUUUACGAAAUUGAUAUAAACAUGACAACACAUUUACAUUUAUACUUAAUUCGUAAUAUGUAGAGCAAGAAAAUACGAAUAUUUGUUAUUAAUUAAAUGCUGUAUGUCGAAAUUACAAA